AUGUGCGCAUCAGCGUGUUGAUGUUUUGAUGCGGUUGAUGGACACACCAGUGUCUUCAAGGAAUGUCAAAGCCAGCAGGUGCGAUGUUUGGGUCACAAAUGAGGCGUUUGUUCUGGACGUCAGCGUUGUUCUUGAUGGAUCUGGGUGACAGGGUGAUCCGAAACGGGGGAUCGGGGCUUGAGUCAGCGGUGAGGAACAUUUUGGAUGGGUGGCUGGUUGUCGUUGGCAAGACAACGUGUAAACUCCCUUGCAGUUUGCGUGUCUAUGGAUAUUUGGUGGCAGCAUGGUCACUAGAACAGGGAGCCUGGUGAUUGGUGUCGGUGUCCGUGUUCUGGUCAGGAUGUCCAUCGUGUUAUCGAAUGUUGCAACUGGUAGCUUUGUGUCGUAGCUCCGGGCCCAGGCUGGAGUGGAGUAGGGGCCUCUGCCACUGAGUAGAUCGUCGAUGAGAGGUCGGCAGGUCGCAGUUUAACCGCCGAAGCGCCCCAAGUCGCUCCUGCAAGUUUCUGUCGCAGGGCGGUUCUUUAAUUUGUCUUCUCACAAAUCUAUUUUUUUAAAUGUGAUGUAUGGAAUGCGAUGCGGUAAUGCGAUGUUUAAUGUGAAAUACGAAAUGUGAUGUGCUAUUUUGACAUGAAAUAUGUGCUGAUUGUAUGUAUGACAUGUAACGUGCUGUGAUCUUAUGACAUGUAAUGUGCUCAUUGUGUGUAUAAGAUGUAAUGUGCUAAAGUGAUGUAUGAGAUGUAAUGUGCUCAUGUGCUGUAUGAUAUGUAAUGUGCUUAUGUGCUGUAUGAGAUGUAAUGUGUUCAUGUGCUGUAUGAGAUGUCAUGUGCUUAUGUGCUGUAUGAGAUGUAAUGUGCUACAUGAGAUGUAAUGUGCUACAUGAGAUGUAAUAUGCUUAUGUGCUGUAUGAGAUGUAAUGUGCUACGUGAGAUGUAAUGUGCUUAUGUGCUGUAUGAGAUGUAAUCUGCUACAUGAGACGCAAACUGCUUAUGUGCUGUAUGAGAUGUAAUCUGCUACAUGAGACGCAAACUGCUUAUGUGCUGUAUGAGAUGUAAUGUGCUACAUGAGAUGUAAUAUGCUUAUGUGCUGUAUGAAAUGUAACCAGUAGCUGACGAGAGGCCUUGAGGUUUUCUGCUCGUAGCCGGUGGGUAUGUCACGUGCACGCAGUCACGUGACGCAAGGCAGCCAAUCCACGCAAGCUGAGCAUGGAACUAAAGAACCCGGUACCAAAACACCCGGACGCGAGCGCACGGACCCGCAGGGCUCCCCAUUCAGUGGCAAGAGCCGACCUGGGUCCACAGCAACCAUAGAGCCGGAAAGAGGGGAGGCAAUGGUGAGCCUGAAGCACCUGUCGCUGGGGGUGCUGGUGCUGCAGACGACGGGGCUGGUGCUCAUCAUGCGCUACUCGCGCACGCUGCCGCUCGACGGGCCGCGCUACCUCGCCUCCACGGCUGUCGUGCUCGCGGAGCUACUCAAGAUAGCCACCUGCGUCCUCCUCAUCGGCUACGAGCACGGCAGCAGCGGGCGCACGGCCUUGUUGGUGCUGCGGGAGGAGAUCAUCGGGAAGCCCAUGGAGACGCUCAAGCUGGCCGUGCCAUCCGGCAUCUACACACUGCAGAACAACCUCCUCUACGUGGCGCUCUCCAACCUGGACGCCGCCACCUACCAGGUGACGUACCAGCUGAAGAUCCUCACCACAGCGCUCUUCUCCGUGUUCAUGCUCAACCGGCAGCUGAGCGGCCACAAGUGGCUGUCCCUGCUCAUCCUCGUGGUGGGGGUGGCGCUGGUCCAGUGGCCGAGCGAUGCGGCUUCAAGUGGCCGCCAGUCGCUCUCCGUGGGUUCGCAGGUCGUGGGGCUCGUCGCGGUGCUCAUCGCGUGCGUCUCCAGCGGCUUCGCUGGCGUCUACUUUGAGAAGAUCCUCAAGGGCUCUCGCCAGUCCGUGUGGGUGCGCAACAUCCAGCUGGGGCUGUUUGGGACCCUGUUUGGGCUGAUUGGCGUAAUAGUGUAUGAUGGGGACAAGGUGUGGCAGCAAGGCUUCCUGCAGGGAUACAACAGCAUCACAUGGGUCGUGGUCAUCCUGCAGGCAAGUCUGCGCCCUCCCGCACUUCACAUACUAUUCUUUUUGGCUGUCUCCUGUUUUAUUACAAUUUUACUAUCGGCAUCAUGCCACGAGAUGAAGAACGCUUUCAGAACUCUCGUCGUGAGCAGGGCAUCACCAGUGUUAGAUCAGCCCUGUGGAAGGAGAUAUCACAGAACUACGUUUGCAAUAUCUUCAAGGAAUCUCAAAAGUAGUUUUGUGAUCUCUCCUUGUGAAGGACGUUCCCUAAUUUGCGGGGUGCACUGCUUUGCAGGACUUACCAAUGAUCUAUUCAAACGUAUCCUUGCGGAUUGAUGCAGCUAUAAAAACACAUUUGCUGGGCGCAUUCCCAAAUGCCCAACACGUCAACUGCCCAGUAACAACCAGCACUAUCACAGUUCUAGAUAAGAGUGUAACACGUUUCUUGAAUUGAGCAAGGUCAUUAUAUGAGCUUGGGAAGAAAGAUGGAAGGGAAUUCCAGAAGCUAGCAGUGUGAGGGAUGAAGCAGAAAGAAAAGUGUUGCGAUCUGCAGUGUGGUGAGUGGGUGAUUGGGUGGCUGGGUGAUUGGGUGAGUGAAUAAGUGAGUAGGUGGGCUACUGGGUGAGUGAGUUGUUGUAAUCUGCAGGGUGGUGGUGGUUGAACACCGUAUGAAUGAGACAAAACCAUUUGUCUGGUAGACUAAGUCCUCAACAUUGGUGGGGGAUUCGCUGAGCUAAGUUCACACCAACGGUAACCAUGGUAUAGUAGCAAUAUAAAUAGUGAUACAAAUGUGACUGACUGCUAAUGAGCAAGUGACUGGAGUGAUAUUCUUUGGGUCUUUCGGUAAAGUCACUUAAAUAGGUUCAAAGAAAAUAACAAAAAACUACGACAUUUCGAUCGCAACACAAGCGGUCGUCAUCAGGAAAAAAGUCAAGAUUUGACUGGAGUGUAUUAGUUAGUGCUAGAUCUUCAAUCAACUUGACUCUAAUUCCAUCAAUGAUAAUUAAGCGACAGAGCAGCUCUAACGUGACGAUUGUGUGAGUGAAUGUGCCGGCCCGGUGUUCUGGGUGGUUUAGCCCGUGAGCCACGUGGCGACCUGCAGAGAGAGACUUGCUGAGCCGGUAGGUUUCCUCCCUUGACAAGGUUGCGUGGCAGCUGGGGUCUCUAGCCCGAGGCUCUCGUCCCCGGCUACUGCAAGAUUUUCCGGCUGGAGUUUGCUCAGUGAUUGGAGCCCGGCCUCAUGCUGAGUGUUUGCCCUAUUGCUCACUUCGCGCUGCUGCGCAAGCACGGCGGCGUGUUUCACGUGCAUCAGCAUUUGGUGGAGGAGGCGGCGAGUGCGCAGAUCCGUGUGCCCAGGGUCAGGGUCGACAGUGUCAAGUUCCGCGUUUCAACGCACCAGUUGCAUACAUAUACUCUAGCAACACUUUAGAUCCACAUUCCAUUCAGAAACAAACCUGUAUUUUACAAUGUUAAGGUAUAAAGAUGGAACUGUUUUUAACUAGAGGAUUUUACUUUGUAUCGGAUAUGAACGACAUUCCAUUGGUCUUCUUCACUCCCAUGUGACAGCGUUCCAAGUCACAUUGGUUGGUAAACAGCUUCCUGUGAAAAGCAGCACAGCAGCAGCUAAAAUAUGUGCACAUGUUCAUGGACUAUUGUGAUCCAGAGUCUCUGUACUCAUAAAGUCACCAGCAAUGUUUUUACAGAAAACAGAACUGCUGCUACUGUGCUGCCUUGUGGACAGCGCAGCAUCCCUCCUACUGGAGACUCCAGAUUGCCUGUGCAGUGCAGUAUCCAUUGUAGUUUGGACAAUGUUCACCCUCCAUAGCAGGGGCUGGCACCAGCUCGCGUUUCACCCAUCAUCAUUAUCAUCGCCGCCGCUGGGUCUGUGCUAACGAGCGCCGUGUCGAUGUGCUCCCAGGCCGUGGGAGGGCUCGUGGUGGCGGCCGUCAUCAAGUACGCCGACAACAUCCUGAAGGGCUUUGCCGCGUCCUUCUCCAUCAUCCUGUCCUCCUUCAUCUCCUACAUGUGGCUGCAGGACUUCAUUCCAAC